GUGCUCUUCAACUCCCGGCUCGAUUAGGCCAAUAUCUGAGGUGACUCGUAAAUCUUGAGACGGUAAGGAGUCACACCACCAUCAGAUCUUCUUCGUAACAUAUAAGUUCCAGUCACAUACCCAAGCUCUCGACAAGGCCAAUUCCACCUUUUGGCGCCUCCACCAUGGCAGAAUCAUCCACAAACCCUGUUCCCCCUCCAGCUCAGGCGCCGGCCGAAUCUCCGUCUGCCGAGGGCGGCGAGGAUAGCGCCAGCAUUUCAAAGAAGGCCGCAAAGAAGGCCGAGGCCAAGGCUAAGAAGGAGGCCGAGAAGGCUCGUCGUGCGGCCGAGCGAGCUGCCGCCGCUACAGCAUCUAGUGCAGCAGCCCAGGCCGAAGACCUUGCCAAGGAUAACUACGGACAGGAAACACACGAGACCAAGUUUUCCACUGACGCCGUUGAAAUAAAUCUGAAGACACUCAACGAUGAACAUCUCGGGAAGAAGGUUGAGCUCCGCGCCUGGAUCCAGAACGCUCGCAUGCAGGGCGCCAAAAUGGCCUUCGUCGAGCUCCGUGAGGAGGGCAACUGGGCCAUCCAAGGUGUGAUUGCUGCCAGUCCCGAGGGUACACCUGUGAGCCGGCAGAUGGUGAAGUGGGUUGGCGCCAUCAACCCCGAGAGCUUCGUCGUCGUCGAAGGCACGGUUCAGAAGCCGCUCGAGCCGGUGAAGAGCUGCCGUGUAUCCAACUACGAGCUGCACAUCACCAAAUGCUUCAUUCAUGCUGCCGCUCCGGCCAUGCUUGGCAUGACGCUCGCCGCGGCGAACAGACCCAUCGCCAACUUCAGCGAUGAGGAGGUGCCUGUGGAACAGGGAGUAGAAAAGCUCAGCAUUGCUUCAGCCAGCGAGGCGACUGGCACGCCCGCCGCCAGUAUGCUUACCCAUCUCGACAAUAUCGUCAUGCACAAGCGAUCUGCGGUCCAACAGGCUAUCGCCGAUAUCCGCUCAGAGAUGAAGGAGCUGUUCCGGUCUUACCUGAGGUCCCACGGCUUCAAGGAGUUUGAGCCCCCGUGUCUCAUCGGUGCCGCUUCUGAAGGCGGCGCUAACGUGUUCCGCCUGCCUUAUUUUGAGAAGGAGGCAUACCUAGCGCAAUCCCCCCAGUUCUACAAGCAAAUGGAGAUUGCAGGUGGCCGGAAGCGAGUGUUCAGUAUCGGCCCUGUUUUCAGAGCCGAGAAUUCGAACACGCCGAGACAUAUGACGGAGUUCACCGGUCUCGAUAUGGAAAUGGAGAUUAAGAGGGAUUAUCGGGAAGUUCUGCACAUGCUUGAAGGCGUCCUUCUCCACAUUUUCAGAAACAUCAAGGAGCGCUGCGCCGACGAGAUUGCCCUAGUGCGCUCCGUCUACCCGUCAGAGGAUUUUCUCCUGCCCGAGCCUGGGAAAGAGGUCCGUUUGACCUUCGCCGAAGGUCAGAAGCUCCUCCGGGAAGAGGGCCCGGAAGAAUACCGCAACGUGAGCGACGAUGAGGACAUGAGUACGCCGCAAGAGAAAGCUCUUGGCGCACUUAUCCGCAAGAAGUACAAUACCGACUUCUAUACGCUUGACAAAUUCCCCGAGGGAGCGCGGCCUUUCUAUGCCAAGGAGGACCCGACAAACCGCAAAGUUACCAAUGCCUACGACUUGUUCAUGAGAGGGCAAGAGAUUUGCUCUGGCGGGCAGCGUAUCAAUGACCCCGUCGAGUUGGAAGCGCGAAUUCGCACUAAGGGACUGGACCCUGGGAGCCCCGGCCUGAAAGAGUACGUUGACGUUUUCAGACAGGCCGGAGUGCCCGCUCAUGGUGGUGGCGGUAUUGGUCUGGAUCGAGUUGUUGCCUGGUAUCUCAACCUACCAAGUGUCCAUCUGGCGGCAUACUACCCUCGUACACCGAAGCGAUUGCUGCCCUGAAGACCCGUACGCGGGAGAAAGGGGGGAAGGGGAAACCUAAGAUGUUUGGUACUAUCCACCUACCUUGGUGCGAGCGUGCAAAGUAGAGUGCUCCAAUAGACAUCAUGUGUACGCCCUUCUCCUGUGCUUCUCAGGCCGAGGAGGUGGAUGUGAUUAUCAGUGUAUCGGCGUAAUCCCCGACCAUCCUUCCGGUAGGGGAAAUGCAAGGAGGGUUCUGCCGCGUGACUGCCAUCGGUAUGCUAAGGAAUGGCUACAUCACACGACACACUCGCUGUUCCAAGAGUUCAUUAGCUACAUGCCUGAAGACUUUAGCCCCAAUUGCAG